GAAAAAUAUGUCUGUCUGUCUGUCUAUCGGCCAGCGGAGAAGAGAGGACAGACAGGCGUCCUGUCUGUCAAGAAGUGUGUCAAUCUACAUGGGGUCCCGACUGUACUUGCGGCGGCCAUAACUGAAGAGGAAUCAGACACAAGGAGAGCGGUGUUCCCAAAGAGGUGGCCAGGGUGAGUGGCUGGGCGGUGAGUGAAUGAGUGGGUGGGCGCCUACAAGGGUCGUUCGGCUUGUUCGUCGCUGUCCUCCCUGCCACUCAGCUCUGUCUCGUGAGGCGUGAAAUACGGCGUGUGGCUCACUGCACCUGCACACACACACACAUACACAUACACACAUCUGGACCAGCUGUCUCUCUCUAUCGUGCCAUAGAGUGUGUGCCUCCGUCUGUGGUCCGUGCGUGUGAUGUCCCUCCCUCCCUCCCUCCCUCCCUCCGACCUUUGUUUGCUUCCCUCUGCUUCGCCGUGACGGGUGUGCCGAUGAACACAUGCCGCCCUCCACCUGUGGACUGCAGCCACUCGAUCGGGUCUGAGGCCCGACGGCCCCUGUGUUGGGGGCUGGCCGAGAUAGACCUCAGUAGGCUGUCGUUGAUCCUCAGCAGCUGCUCGGUGAGCGACAGGGCCUCACCGCUGGCCAUCUCCAGCCCCCAACGCUCUAUGGACCUUAACGAUGCACUGCACACGCACACACACACACACACACGCACACACCACACACGCAAAGAGAGAAUGCAAGCAGAGCAGAUCAACACACAUGAGAUGGGAAAGAGGCGGGCGCGUGACGUACCUGAGUUGUUUUCGCCAUAGUUUAUCGAGGACAUGGCAAAGAUUGGACGAGUAGGGCGCCGAUGCCGCUUGCCGGUGCGCCAGCCAUGUCUCCCACUGCCGCAUGCAGGCCUGCAUCCGCCGCUGCUGCAGCCGGUGCACAAGACUGACGAGCCUCUCGGCCGGCGGCUGGUGGGGCCAUGCUACAGCCCUCGUGUGGCGAUGCCACCUCCUCCAAGCGUCCAUCUGCGCCCGCCUUCUCGCCCGAUCCACAGCCCGACGGAGGAACACCUGCCGCCUCUCAUAGUCAUCGACCCUCUCGCGUAGCCGGGCCCAGGCGUGGACGAGCCGGUCGUUGACGAGCUUGAGCAGCAUCGAUCUCAGAUAGCAGGACCGCACGUGCACAUAGCCCUUGGCCGACUCCUGGCUGUGAGUCACCAGCAUGUCCACCAUAAUAGCGUCGCUCGACGCUUGGCAGCGGCUCGCCUGCGCCUCACUGGCGCCCACUGCAUUCGCCGCCCCGACGGCCGAGGCGCCAAGCCGCAUUUGCGAGAAGGCUGAGCCACACCGCUUCCGCAGCCAGUCUGCGAUGCGUGAAGCCGCUGCCUCCCUCUGAGACGCCUGGGCCCUCCGCAUGGCUGAGGUGGCCUUCUCCUCUGCCUGCCUUUGUGCAUCCUCCAGCUGGCGAGUCAUCUUGGUCCGGGUGGCCUCCAUGGCCUCAGCGAGGUCCGCCAUGGCCGCCGCACAGCCACGGUGGGCAUUCCACAGCAGCCUCACAAAGGCCCGAACCAGCCGUCGCUUCUGCCGCCAGAAGUGCCACGUCGCCAUUCUCUGCAGCCCCGCCUCAACCACUUUCCGCCUCUCCCUUUGCAGUUCGCUGUCCACGGCCUGCUGCAGCCUCACAAGCGUCGCAUCUGCCGACGCGGCGGUCCGAAAGCGCCCCAGCGGCACUGGCCCGGCAGCUGCAGUUGGGGCCAGGCCCGCGUCGCUGCCCGCGGCCACGGGCGGUCCUUGUGCGGCCUCCUUGCUACGCUGCACGGCCUGCUGCAGUGCCUCAAUCCAUCUGUCCAUCUCCUCGUGAGUCUCGGACCGCAGUGAGAACUCCCGGCGGCUCUUGGGGGUGGCGGGCGACGUGACGGCGAAGCGAAUGACGAACUUGGUGGGGUCUUUCCAGGUGGCAGCGGAAGUGACCUCCGUGACGGUGGCGAGUGCGAUGGCCUUUUUGACUUCGCUGCAUUGGUGCGAGGCGAAUGCGAUGAGGAAGUUGUGUUGGAUGGCGUACCACUCCAUGGCCCAACGCUUCCGGUAGAGGCCCUUCAGACGCUCCAGCGGCCCCUGAAGCUCACAGCUCUCCAU